ACACUUUGAAUAUCCAACUGUAUAUCUUCGAAGUUUGAUCACCCAAAUUAAAUGGCCUCUUCAAAUGAAACCAAAAGCCAAAUCCAUGCCAGUAAUAUACAGGAAGAUCACGAGGAACAAGCUUCCUCAUAUACGCAAUGCAGCUUGUCAACUCAGCCACUCUGCCCAUGACUCUGCAUGCUGCACUUCAACUGGACAUUUUCCAGAUCAUAGCGAAAACCGGAGCUGAUGCCAAGCUCUCCCCACAAGAGAUAGCAACCCAGUUGGGCACCCAGAACCCCGAUGCGCCCAUGAUGUUGGACCGCAUCCUUUGGCUCCUAGCGACCUACAAUGUGCUCACUUUGCUAUUGUUAAUGAUCAUCAUGGUGAUCCUCAGAGACUAUAUGGUUUAGCAUCUGUAUCCAAGUACUUUAUCCAGAAUGGAGAUGGCGUUUCAUUAGGACCCUUGAUGACUUUGCUUCAGGACAAGAUCUUCUUAGAUAGUUGGUUUGUGCUCCAUAUCAAAAUAUCAAUCAACUCUCUCCUGUUUU